CUUUGCCACCAGUCAGGUCUGCAGGACCGUGCGAUCAUGCUGUGGUUGCUCUGUGGCUGAGACCUGAUUCGGGUGCUGCUAUAGCAGGAAGCAAACAAGGAAACCAAACGUAACAAACGUACUGGCUCAUACAGUAACAGUUGCUAUGGAGGAGUGGGAGGUUCACACAUCUUUAGGACCCACAGAAGCUAAAGGGAAUGUCUCAUCCCCAAUAGUGAACAGGUCUUGUGAGAAUCUGGAAUGCUACAUGGUCCUCAUCAAGGCAGAGAAGACAGCCAUCGGCUCCAUCUGUUUACUGGCAGGUCCCAUCACACUGCUGGAAAAUGUUCUUGUGUUGGGAGUGAUCGCUGCCACAGCCACCCUGCGGCGGCGGCCUUCCUACUUGUUCAUUGCCAGCCUCGCUCUGGCAGAUGUUUUUGCCAGCUGCUUCUUCACCACCAGCUUCCUGGACUUUCACCUGUUUCGGCACAGCGACGGCCCCACUGCUUACCUCUUCAAAUUAGGUGGUGUCACCAUGGCCUUCACCAGCUCAGUGGGGAGUUUACUGCUGACUGCUCUGGACCGCUACCUCUGUAUCCAGCAGGCCUCCAGGUACAAGGUUCUGCUCACCCGCCGGCGAGCUCUGCUGAGCCUGCUGAUCCUUUGGAGUGCCACCAUCGUCAUCUCCUUCUUGCCUCUGAUGGGCUGGAGGUGUCCCACAGGGCUUAAUCCACCUUGCUCACGCCUGUUUCCCUACAUCAACCAGGGCUAUCUGGCCUGCUGGACCAGCCUCACUCUGGUGCUCCUGGCUCUCAUUUUGGGGGCUUAUGCUCUCAUCCUGUGGAAGGCCCACCAGCAUGAGUCCUCCAUGACCAGCCUCCAGGGAGCAGCAGGCACAGGCCAGGCCCGCAUGAGGAUGGAUAUCAGGCUAGCGCGCACCUUUGGCCUGAUCCUAGUCAUACUAGUGAGCUGCUGGCUUCCUGCACUCUCCUUCAUGUUGGCUGAUGUCACUGUGAUCCUGACCCACAACCAGCAGAGGGCCUUUGCCUUUUGCAGUACCCUCUGCCUGGUCAACUCUGCAGUCAACCCACUGCUGUAUGCACUGCGCUGUCGAGAGCUAAGAGUUGCUCUGCUGCAGUUGCUACAAAGGCUGCGUAUGUUUGGAAGGUGUAAAAAAUCUACAGAGAAUUUAACCCCAGGAUUACCCUCUGCAGAAGACAACAACUGUACUGCCGUAACUGAGGAUGAGAUGCCCAAGACCAGAACCACCCGACUUAGCUCGAUCUCAGAUAUGGUGAAUGAUCAGAAGCAGAAAAUCUGAAAUUGAGUAGCGGUGCAGGCAGUGUCUGUGUUUGUGGCAGCGUGCUUAGGGUGUAGAAAUGGACAUCGCUGAAAACUUCCCGUAGAUUAAGCAUCAAAACCUUCAAUACAAAUGAGCAGAAUUUCUUUCGAUCAGAUUAUUAGUGCUGGCAAAAACUUUAACUUGUCUUUUUGAUCAAGGUUAUUGCAGUAAGGCUAUAACACAAUAAAUAUUGUCAGUAGAAAGAUCAGACAGUCUAUGAAAUGUAGGAAAUUUGCUACACAUAGUUUUACUUGCAGAUACAAUAUACAUUCAAAAGGCAGCUUAAGAGAACAUUAGACUUGGCAAAUAUUUUGUCACCAUUACACAUUAGUUGCAUCAUAACACAAUAAGUAUAAUUAACAUGCUAUAAUUUAAAAAUAUAGUUAGAACUAAUCACUAGUAGCAGAUUCCAGUGGAAAUAGAGUUUCUCAUCUCUGUGCUUUGGUUCAGGUCAGACAAAAGGUUAAAUUUAUGUUGGACUGAAGUGAGAUGAUGUGGCCAUUUGGUGUAGAUUUCAGAGGUGACACGCCCGAAUAUUUAGAACAUAUGCAUUUGUUCCCUUCAAUAAAGACAUGAAUGUGGCAGA